AUCGGGUGGAACCAAUAUGGCGGGUAAAUAAGCACGUUUUCUGAAAGUUGUUGUUUUAAAAGGUAUAUAAAUGUUGAAAUGAACAGUUUUCGGUUAUGGUAAGUACAUUGAUGCAAAGGUGGGAUAAUAUUUUCGACCUGUGUUAAGUUUGUUUUGUAAUUUUUAGGACAUAAGGCGAUUUUUCAGCGUAGACACGUCGAAGAGUGGCGGUGAUAGAACCGCGGGAAGUUCAAAAAAGUCUAGCGAAAAAGCAACAGAGGGGAAAUCUAGCGGCAAGGGAAGGUCGAAAGACGGUGAAAAAAGGAAAAUAUCGAAGGUACUUUGAAGAUUGUUUACAAAUAUUUCAUUCGCUGUUAAUACACCAACCAUAUCAUGACUAGAUGGUAUCAUUUUUUUUUGUAAAUUUUCGCCAUGUACAAUAAGUUUAUGUAUGGUAUAUUUACUAUAUAAGUGCAAAGAUUCGCUAUUGAACAUUUGAGAGAAACAUGGGCGGAUUUACUGGGGGGGGGGGGGUUAAACCCCUCCUAGAAUUUCUCUAUUAACCCUUCUAAUAAAGUGUUCAACCCCACCAAGAUUUUUCUUCAUCCCUCCUAUUUUGUGUGAAAGGCUUUAACCCAAACACGAACCCCUGCUGAAGCGCAGUGAGUGGUGCCGCUUGCACCCUACCAGAAAUUUUUCUACCCCUCCUUUGAAAUAAAUGAAAAUACGCCCUUGGAAGGAAACCUUAACACCCAUGUCCGACUAUGGGCGCAACAACAUAUGGUUGACAGACAUUAUUCCUUGAAUUUAAAACCAUGGUCAGCUAGGACACUAUAUGUUUAUGCACAUGCAGAUUUAGCACAAAAAUACUCUGUUGGUCUGCAGGAAAUUUUUGUCUCCAGGUUGUGCUCCCAGGAAGAAAAUUCUUUUUUCCUGCCCUGUUUAUUGAUAUUUCUGUAUAGCAAAAAAUUGUUGAAUGGUAUCAUUGUUAUGCAUGGAGGCCGUAACAGUGUGAUAUGUAUGAUAUUUUAGUCAUCAGAGUCAGAUGAGGAAGUUUCUAAGAAGAGCAAAAGAAAAACACAACGUAAAAAGAAUCAAGCUAUAAUUGAAUCAGGUUUGGAUGUGUUUACUAUGCUGAGAAUCAGCCUGAUCUGCUCUGUUCUGUUUGUAUUUUUCACACCGUCCGAGAUUAUUUAACCGCUGUGCCAACAAUUUUUUUAGAUUCUGAGGAAGAACCGUUGCCACCAAAGAUAAGGUAUGUCAACAAUACACCCUUCCGGAAAAUACGUCACUUUAGGUAUGCAGCCUUGUUUUGUUUAUGGUAAAGCCCAAUGUUUCAAUCACAGAAAUGAGGCUCUAUAGCCAGAGUGACAUAGUACUUUCUGGAAGUGUUUAUUUAAAGAUGUGAUACAGUCCAUUUGCAUGUUAGCUCUAACGUUUUUGUAAAAAGUAAGUACGCAGAUAGCAAUAGUUUGGCGUAUCUAAGUGGCACGUGACUGCAAAGAAAGAAGUUGUAGCAGACUGUAAUAUUGGCGUAUUGCACUCUGGGUAGGGUUUUGCAAUAGCAUAUAUAGAACAAAUACAGACUGUUUGUAUGUUGAGCAAAAUCUCUGACUGUUUAAUAAUGAUACUUUUUGUUGUUUUUUUUGGCAAUGCAGAAAAAAGUCACAAGAUUCUGGGAAAAAGUCAAAGAAACAAAAAGCUUCAGUUAUUAGUUCAGGUACAAUAUGAUACUGUAAUAUAAAACAGCUUCAGUUUGACCACAUAUACUGUAAACUUUACAUUAGUUAUAAUGCUUUUGUUUGUGGGAACACCACGUAAAUUUAUUACUGCAAAACUUUAAAAAAAUGUAAAUUUAUUAAACAACACGUAAAUUUAUUUACGUGGUAUUUCCACAAACAAAAGUAUUAUAUGUUUUAUCGCCAUGCAAACCUACAAAGAACUUUUUACAUUAGUCACUAUUCCUAAACUGCUGUGGACAAAAAAAUAUUUCGGUCUUCGCUAGAUUCCCAUCCAGCCAUCCCUGCAUGUGGAUAGCCUGGGGUGGAAAAAAUAGGCGAGCAUACGAGCACCGCUCGUAGGGAAUGUUAAACAGCUGCAGGAAAUUUGAAGGAAACUCUAACAUGGAAGGACCACUAUGGGAGCAAAAACUCAUGGUUGUCAGGCAUUUUUACUUUCGUUGAAAACAAUAGUCUGCUAGCUAAGGUGUAGUCUGUUUAUGCACAUGCAGUUUCAGCACAAAUAACUCAGUUGGUGCAUGCCCUGUGGAUAGCCAUCUUGCAAGUUGGAUUGGCACUUGAGAUACAGUAGGCAGCUCUUGGACGGUUAUCAUAUUGACGUCUUUUGGGCGUAUGAUUGAGCAUGUCAUGUCUGUCCACCAUUUAAAGUGAUUCACCAGUUCUAAGCCAAAUUCCAAACUUUCAGAUUCCUUUGACGAGGAAAACUUUAGGUUAUUUAAUCCAUUGAGCAGCAGCACUCUCCACUUGUCAAGUAAAACUUGUCUGGUAAAGUGACUGCAUUGCCACUUAAAGCAUUAACACCUACGUGUAAAAAAUGUUUAGCCAAAACAGUGUGAACAUUAUUCCUAUGUUAUUCAGACGAAGAGGAUGCUCUUCCUCCAAGGCUUCAGAAAACUGUAAAGAAUGAUCCACAGCAGCAGAAAAAGCCUGCGAAAAACACAAGGUAGAGAAAUUUAUUGUACUAUAUAUUAUAUGAAGUGUCUAUUCAGCUGGCAGACGGCUAUUUAGUUAACUGCCGGUUAUAUAGUGACUAUAGUUACAUAUAAAAACUUUUGUUUGCGCUAGUUUCCGAGCUUGCCGUAAGGGUACUGUAUGCGGUAAAGGCGCUGUGUGCAGAAAGUGAAACCCAGUUGGGAUCGAGAUGUGUUUUGUCUGCAUGAACAUAUUUUUUUCUAAAAAUUUUUUAAACUUUUUUUCCAGAUAUACUAAGGAUAUAAACUAAUGAGUAUUAAAAUCCAACCAAUAAAACUCAAUUUCUUUUGCAGAGUGGCUGAGAAAUCUCCUGUGAAAGUCAUCAAAAAUGUUUCAGAAUAUUUUGGAAGCAAGCCAGUGGAAAGAAAUGUACGGAAGUCACAGAAAAGAAAAGAGGUAAUGCUGUAAGACACUAUAAAGACAGUAAUGUUUACCAGGCCUAUAUAAAAAGCAUUGCUCCAUACUUUGUAACAUUACUCUGUCUAACAUGAAGGGGAGAGUUCUAGCUCUUGAUGGCCGGUUAUCAAGACUCUUUGGCCAUUUGUCUUCAGUUGUUAAACCUUUAUUAUUUUACUCUAUCUAACACCAGAGAAUUUUACUCAUCAAGGGGAAAAUACUGUUAUUCUAUGUGUCUUGUUAAAGUGUGGCUUAAACCCUAAAUAUGAUUUUUGGUAUAGGUAAUAUUUGGGUCAUUCUGUAAGGACAAAUGUAAUAUAUCUAUGAAGGAAAAAAAACUCAUCUUGAUCAACUUUUUCACAGUCAAAGUUUCCGGAUAUGAUGUCAUUAGGUGAAUUUUUGGUACAAAGAAAACCAAAGGAAAACUAAUUUGCAAUUCACCUAAUGACAUCAUAUCCGGAAACUUUGACAGUGAAAAAGUUGAUCAAAAUGGAAUUUUUUGUUGUAAAGAUAUAUUACAUUUCUUCUUCGAAUCACCCAAAUAUGACACAUACAAAAAAUCAUUUUUGGUGUUAGUCGCACUUUAACCCUUUAAUAAGGUGACAUUGUGUCUGAAUGUACCCUAUUUGUAAUUUUACUCUGUCCAAUGCCAGUCAAUUUUACGAUCAAGAGAAGAGUGCUGACACUCAAUUGGUUAAUCCUCCAAGGCACAAUGUAUGCUCAUUUUGCUCUGUUUGACGCAAGACCAUGUUACUGAUUUUAGAGACCUGAAGAAUCUUCUGAAAAAGGCGUGGGCAACACGAAUGGCAAUAAUAAUGUUGAGCAUAUUAAAGAAGAGAAAUCACAGGAUAAGGAUUCUUCAUCUGAGCAACCUGCCAAAAAAGUAAGUAUUUAAAACCUCAGGCUAAUCCGCUAUUGCUAGAUAAUUUUAUAGUACUCAGCAAGCCAACAGACUGACUGAGACGUGAGCUUUAAUAAUUAAUGUCACAUUGUACGAAAAUGAGGCUCUAUAACCAAUAUGAGAAUAUGCGAGAUAUACUUUCCUGAAGGGUGUAUUAAUUUAUUUGUAUUGUAUUUUAGGCUAAGACCAGCUUGCCGAAAUCGCCAGCGAAGUCGGACAAGACUUCUCAAGAACCGAGGAAAAAACAGGAAGAAACGGACGCUUCAAAGAUAACUACACCUUCAAAGUCUUCUAAAAAAAAGAGCGAUUCAUUAACUCCUUCUAAAUCACAAAACCUUUCUACCGAUACAAAGAUUAAGCAAACGUCGGUUCAAUCUAAAAGUGUAGAAAAGCACAAUGCCCUUGCUAAGAUAAGCCCUUCAAAACCAGUGGGCAAAACUACCGACAGUACCAAAGCAUCUACUAGUAAAACAUCUGGAACCCCAGAGAAAGAAAAAUCUCAAACUAAAGCAAGUCAUUCAGACCUAACAACCAAAACUAGUACUAGCAAAAAACCAUCACCCAAUAGUAAAACUGUUACUCCAGAGAAGCCAACACCCACAGCAAGAUCUUCCUCCACCCCAAGUGUAGACAUUAAAAAAGCAUCCCCCGGGGGUAAAUCCGGGACACCAGAAACUCCGAAAGCUCAGGUUAAGUCGACUCCAGGUAAAGCAGAAAGCAAAGUUGGAGACGUGGAUGUGAUCCCGUCCUCGCUGGAACGAAAGUCUUCUGGGUAUCGAAGUUUCAUGAUGCGUGAAGGACCACAGGCCUUGGGCUCCAAAGAGAUCCCUAGGGUAAUGGCAAACUUGUAUUUAGGAGAUGUAUUUCAUGUCCUGGUGGGCGUUUAGUCUUUUUCACCCCCUACUCUUUCUACUUGUAACACUGGAUCAAUAAGAGAUGAUCCUCACAGGACCUCUAGGAAGAACAAUUUAGAACUGAUAGAGCUAUCCAGUCUAAAUAAAGUUAGUUUAGUUUAGGUUUCCUCCUGUAGUAACACUGGAUCAUAAGAGAUGAUCCUUACUGGACCUCUGGGAAGAACAGUUUAGAACUGAUAGAGCUAUCCAGUAUAAAUAAAGUUAGUUUAGUUUUCCUCAUGUAGUAACACUGGAUGAAUAAGAGAUGAUCCUUACUGGACCUCUAGGAAGAACACUUUAGAACUGAUAGAGCUACAGUAUCCAGUAUAAAUAAAGUUAGUUUAGUUUAGGUUUUCUCCUGUAGUAACACUGGAUCAAUAAGAGAUGAUCCUUACUGGACUUUUAGGAAGAACACUUUAGAACUGAUAUAGCUAUCCAGUGUAAAUAAAGGUAUAGCCUUUGGGUAAUGUUUAGGAUGUUUGUUUUCCUAGGGUAGUGAAACUUGUUUGGCAGGCAAGGUGUUUGUCGUCACAGGAGUGUUGGAGAGCAUCGAGCGAGAAGAUGCUGUUGACUUGAUCAAAAGACAUGGUGGCAAGGUGACUCAAGCUGUCAGCAAGAAAACCAGUUACCUUGUGGUUGGUCGAGAUCCUGGCAUGUCCAAAAUGGAGAAGGUUAGAUUGCUUUGAUUGGAGAAUGUUAUAGAUUGCUUUAUACAUGCAGACGACAUCAGAGGCGCUAUGCAUUAUGUUAGAAGAUUGUACUGCCUGAAUAAUGGAGACGCAUCGUUAUAUAUUUAGGCGAAACAGGUUGGAACGAAGCAAAUUGAUGAGGAUGUUCUUUUCGAAAUGAUUCGAGCUUCGCAACCGGCGGCAACGAAGUCUGAGGCGAAAAUGACAACGGAUGAGGUAUGGAUAUCUUGUCGAGGAAAUCAUUUCGAAAGUUUUGUGCGUCUUGGGUCUAGCUUAAAAAUAACGAUGUCGUGGGGGGCCCCAGAGAAGAUUUGCCCGGGGCCUCGCGAAUUCUCUCGGCGGCCCUGGUACUAACACUUACUGGAGCACAUCAGCCAUGCACCAAUGUCUAACUACACUCGUUUUUUCCAGAGUUCUCAAGAUCUUGAAUCUUCGCAAUUAACAGAGAGAAGUGAAAGUCAGACUUCAAUGGAUCAGUCUCCCAGUCAAGCAGGCCAUAGUCAAUCGUCUGUGUUCUCAUCUGCUAGCUCAACACCCGCUACACAGACACCCACUGGCUCACCGCUUCCUCCAGGUAGAAACCAUUUCUUCAGUGGUGAUCACAUUUAUACUAAGUACAUGGGGUUUAGAUGGCGCAGUCGUCACAGCAAACGCCUUUCACCUGUGAGUUCGUGGGUUUGAUUCUCGCUAUGGACUCAUGUGAAAAGAGUGAGUCAACGCUCUGCCGAAAGUCGUGGGUUUUCUCCGAGUGCUGUGGUUUCCUCCCACAGGGAAAGUUGACAGGGUGGGUUAGGAUAAACAUAGUUAAGAAAGUAAAAUCACAAUAAGUCGCCAGCUAAAACUACUAACCUUGUAUCCAGGCUACUUCCUCUGGCGAUCUUACCUCAUCGAAGUGUUUCCUGACUAACUUUCGUUCUUUAUUAUUCACCAGGUGCAACAAGCGAGAGUUUACUUUGGGUGGACAAAUAUAAACCUAAAACCAUUAAAAAUAUCAUUGGCCAGCAAGGCGAUAACAGUAAUGUCAAGAAACUGUUAAGAUGGUUGAAAAACUGGCAUGUCAACCAGAAAUCUGGAAAACCAAAAGGAGG